GAAUAUUUUCAUUGAAUUGAGAUCUUAAAAAAGAUGCUUUUAUUCUUUUGAAAAGUGAAAAUAAACUUUCAGUGCGAGUCGUGGUUAGGAUUUCCGGACGCUUUCCUGUGCAACUCUUCUUCAGCUUCUGGAACCACAACAACACGAUAAUAGAAGAAGCAAAGAAACUCUUAGCGACGCCACGACAGCGACAAUGAUGCCGAAAGCUCCGUCUCUGCUGGGGACGAUCUUGUUUUUCUCGAGUCUGAUCUCCCUUCCAAUGGUUGCUGGCCAAGCCACGGUAGCCUUGGAUGCUUACGGUGUUCUUUUUGAUGUGAUCCCUGCGUCCAACCAAGUCCGCGUCCAGAUGUCUUUCACUUGGCGUGUGAACAAGGAACCUCACGACUUUGCGACUGGGUAUCAUUCUGUAUUGGAUCCAACGCCACGCAAACAGGGUGCGACGAUUCAAAAUGCCCAAGUCUUUGGAGACGAUUUACCCCUGUCGUCACGACAAUAUCUCAAUGGCUUUGGGUGGGACAUGGUUGAAUGGACGUUUGAUCCGAAAUUGUCCAGAGUGGGAGAAACUCAAGUCAUUCGACUCGAAUAUACCAUUGCCAAUGCCAAUCAUUUUUUGACAUGUCGUUCCCCAGGAACCGCUGCCGACGAUGGUGUCGUGGCAGAAACCCUUCGCUUGAGUGCUCCUUGGUUGAAUUACUGGAAGACGCAAAUGCCAACCAAUGUCACUUAUGCAAUUCAAUUGCCAAUGGAUCAAGUGAAUUCGGAAACAGCAUCGGUGGUCGCAGUCCAUCCCCUGCCCCGAAGUAGCGGUCUGGGUACGACAAUGUUGGGAUCUCCCACUAGUUCUGUUACCUACCAGUCCAAAGAAUUGUGGUUUUGUGCUGGCGCAGGACGGUGCUGUGGAUUCGAAGAUACGGGAAGAUGCGCCAGUGAUCCACAACCGUUUUGGAUCGAUUUUGAAAUCGUAUGGGAAAACUCGGAUGAAGGAUCCCCUUGCACCACUUCCUCCUCCGCUGCAACCCGUCAGGGAUUCUUCGAGGCAUGGAGCGUAUGGUUGCUACCUCUUACAGUAUUUGCCCUACUCCACGAAUUAUAGGUUUGCUCUAUCAGGGUCGAGCAAAAGAUAUAGCCUGCCGUUCUUCUUUGCGGGUACGACGAUGGUCGUUUCUGUUGCUCAGUUAGUCUGCAGCCAUGGGGAUAGCAUCAGUGGCUGUUUUGCAAAACGGCUAGACUGUUCGUCGGAUGGCAUUGCGUGGUAAUUCGCUCAGAAAGAACCUGCACCGUGCCGUUGGGCAGUGUGAAGGCAAAGCGAUUGCAUAGAUAGAUGAAACGCAAGAACAUCACUGAAUGGGACCAGUUCUUAUGUUGUGUAAAAGAAUCUCAACAAAGGCAAGAAGAGGAAUGGCAAAGUCAAAACUCUAGAAGUUCUUAUCGUAGACAUUUGCUCCCACGAUCUUUCAUCUCCCUAGUAGGAGGAGAUGUGUGAGCUUUCCAAAUCGAUCACGGAAAAAACCAUGUUCGUUUGGCUGGUAGUAGUCCGGGCUCUAGCCACGAUUUCGUUCCAAGGCCAACUUACUAGCCUGCUACAUGUACAGUCGUACCUGCUUGGCAACCCGCCGUGUUGUCGUCUAC